AUGAACGAAGUAUUCAAUGUGCCGAAAAGCCAAAGAGCUAUUGUAGCUGACAAAAAUGGCCAACUUGUCUUGGUGGACGACUCCCCUCUACCCGAGCUGGAAUCCGAUAUGGUACUUGUUAAAACGGUAGCCGUCGCACUCAAUCCUGUGGACAUCAAGAUGACCGGGCGACUCGCUCAUCCCGGUGGUGUUGCAGGACAUGAUUUUGCUGGGACUGUUGUGGAUCAAGGAUCUAACGUUUGGACGGCUUCUCCACUAAAGAGAGGUGAUCGGGUCUCCGGGGCUGUCCAGGGUGUUCACUCCUUAACACCAAGAGUCGGUGCCUUUACAGAGUAUAUUGGGGCAACUGAUAUCGUCCUGAUGAAAAUCCCUGAAAACAUGUCUUUCGAGGAGGCCGCAUCCCUUGGUACCGGCAUUGGGACAAUGGGCCUUGCUCUUUUCCACAAUCUCCAAGUCCCGGGAUAUCCUGAUGCGCCAGCGACCGAACCAACCACAGUUUUGGUUUAUGGAGGAAGCACUUCUAGUGGAACAUUGGCCUUGCAAUUACUUAAACUAUCUGGUCUCAAGCCAAUCGCUACGGCAUCACCCAAGAACUUUGAAAUGGUCAAGGAGUAUGGUGCAGCAGAAGUAUUCGACUACAAUUCAGCAGACUUUGUGGCCAACGUCAAGUCUUAUACCAAGAAUUCUCUCAAGUAUGUCAUUGACUGUGUUUCGACCGCAGAAACAAUGGAGCUUUGCUACGCUUGUCUCGGUCGUACGGGUGGCCGGUUGACCACGCUGGAGCCUCCACCAAGCUACAUACACACGAAGCCGAAGCGAAUUCAUCUCGACUGGGUCCUCGGGCCUGCGCUUCAUGGCAAGGCAAUUGGCUGGCCGCCACCGAUGCAGCGUGAGGGAGACCCCGAGCUGCGAGAAUAUGGGAAGAGGUGGUUCACAACGGUGCAAGGGCUCCUGGACCAGGGCAAGCUAAAGGCCCAUCCGUUGAAAAUGAUGGCUGGUGGUCUAGAAGGCGUAUUCGAGGGAACAGACUUGCUGAGAAACAAUGCGGUCUCGGGUCAAAAGUUGAUCUAUAGGAUCUAG